UUUCACUUCCUUUCCACGUUUUUCGUACUGGACGAAGGUUUGCAAAAAGUGAAAAAAUUAUAUUUUAACCAUGGCCAAGUCCAAGAAUCAUACCAAUCACAACCAGAACAAGAAGGCCCAUCGUAAUGGCAUCAAGCGCCCAUUGCGCAAACGCCACGAGUCCACCUUGGGAAUGGAUGUGAAAUUCCUGAUCAACCAGCGUUACGCUCGCAAGGGUAAUCUCUCACGGGAAGAGUCUGUGAAGCGCUACGAAGAGCGUGUUGCCGCACAAAAGGGCAAGGCAAAGCCUGUGACUUUGUAAAUAACGGGACCCUGAAGUUGUGGCAAUGGCUUCUCUUGAAUAAAAACUAAGAGGAUACAUCUUUUCCAAAUAA